AUGUCUGAGAUUCAGGCCGAUGAUGAUUUCUCCGACGAAGGGUUUGAUGCCAACACAACGGCUUCAAGCUAUGUGUCGAGUAUUGCUACCGAGAUUCGCGAAGGUAUCGAGGAAUAUGGGCGGAGAUAUGCUGCAUAUGGUCGGCACUUCUAUGGCCUUCCCAUUGAUGAGCAAGAACAAGAACGGAAUGAUCUUCAACACGAAAAAUUCAUGUUGCUCUACGAGGGUCGACUCCAUCUUUCACCCAUAUCCCCUGAGCCACAGAACAUCCUCGACCUAGGCACAGGCAAUGGAACGUGGGCAAUCGAAAUGGCCGAUCAGUACCCUUCGGCGUCAGUCAUUGGAGUUGACCUGGCAGCUGUCCAACCUAGAUGGGUGCCGCCGAAUCUGACUUUUGAGAUCCUCGAUGUAGAACAAGAGUGGCUGCAUCCGAAAAACAGCUAUACUCUGAUUCAUGGCAGGGAACUGAUUUUCGCAAUUCGAGACUGGCCCGCUUUGAUAGCUCAGGCUUACGAUCACCUGAUGCCCGGUGGCUACCUGGAACUGGCCGUCACUGUGCCAGAAAUUGGCUGCGAUGACGGCACCUGCCCGGAGGAUUCGUGCUAUCGUGCAAUGUCACGGAUGCAUUUCCAAAUAGCCGAAGCCAUGGGCAUCGACGGCUUUGCAGCAAAGAAAUGGAGAGCCCAGCUUGAAACACAAGGGUUUGAAACUGUACAUGAAAGGGUAUUCAAAAUACCUACGAAUCGAUGGCCAAAGGAUAAAAGAUUGAAAACUAUCGGGAGUCUCGAAGUUGCCAAUUUCCUGCAAUUUUCGACCGCGGGAUUCGAACGAGGCGCGGUAGGCCUGUUGGGUAAUGACCCCGUCGCAAUACAGGUCAUGCUUGCCGCUGCGAGGAAGGAGAUAUUGGAUCGAAGUGUUCAUUCUUAUGUCUACAUGUGA